AUGGGAAAGAAAAACAUGAACAAGCCAGUCCAUAUGGAACCAACCCACAUUGAUCAUCUUGAGAAGCCACCAGCUGUUCGAAACUCCAAGGAGAUGCACUUUGAAAGCUUGGAUGACUUUGAGAGAUACAUUAUGGACGAAUCUUGGGACAAUGAAUUUGAUAAUUUGAAUAUCCAUGUCAAGUAUCUACCUCCAUUCAUUGUUAACCAAACAAGAGGUAACGAGGAUAAAAUCAAGCCUCAAAUGAAUUCACUAAACAAGAAGUUCAGAAGACAUUUACAACACCAUGUUAAGCGGCAUUUGUUGCCUGAUAUCACUAAAAUGUCUGGUAUUGACUACAAUUUUACCAAGGAUGGUGAAGAGUCGGUUUCCAACCAGUAUGGCACAUCCAGUGUCCAUAGAUGGCAUUUUAAGGAUAACUCAAAUCACGGAUUUGAUGAGACUGAGUAUCAGAAUAGAGAGCAUUGGAAAGUUGAAGUUGAUGUUGAAUCCAACUCAAACAAUCCAUGGAUCGAUGUCACAUAUCGGGCUGUCAGUGACAGUGGCAAUAUGCCAAAGGAUGAUGUCUUGAUGAACAUUGUCUGA